UACGAAUCGAAAAAUUUACCGCUGCCCUCUGUGGACGAUCAGAGCGACGAACUUGAAGAUGUGGUCGAGGAAUGUAGUAAUCUGUUCUAUGUACACGGUGAUGUGACAAAGCCACAGAGAAGUGAUGAGGAUAGGACUACCCAGUGCUUAAUUUUGCACUGUGUGGACAACAGCGGAAAAUUUGGCAAUGGCGGUAUUUUCUCGGCUCUACGUGCCAAGGAUCCUGAAAUUGCGGAACGAUACGAGCUAAUCUCACGAAUGGGAGACAUGAAAAUGGGUGACUGUCAUUUGGUGGAGGAUGUGAAAGAACUUAGAGGAAGUGCUGAUGGCGAUAAUGGGCAGCCUUCGACGUCUUCAGGGUGGAAAGAGAGUGUGGUGCUCUUUGUUGCGUUGAGUAGUAAGAAUAGGGACCAACUUCGACCGGCUCUGUUGGAGCAGUGCUUUGCUCGAAUCGGAGAUUAUGCACGAAAUAAUGAUUCCAGUGUGCAUAUGGCACGUAUUGGUUACGGUACUUCGCUAAGUUGGUACACAGUGGAGAGACUUCUCAAAAAAUGCAUCACAAAUCAUGGUGUCCCGACGUAUAUCUACUACUUUGCUCGUCGUCAACGACUGGAUCCACCACGAUCUCCUCAGCAGGCUGCUGCUAGCCCUAGUAAACGUCCGAAUCACUCGCCGAGAAAUCGCAAUAAAAGGCCUAAGAUCGAUCAACAGAGUGAUAUUGGCUCAGAGGACGAUGAGGAAGAAGAGGAAGAAGAUAACAGCAGCAGUGCUUCGAGCAGUGCCUCUGAGCACGACUGGAGUGAAGGCGAUGAAGGUGGUGUCUUCACUAAUCUGGCGACUAUUCUCCUUUACCUUAUUAUUUAU